AUGUCUAUUUCUACGGUGUUCAGUAAUGGCACCAAAGCCGUCAAAAAAUCUGCGUUAUCGUGUCCUGGGCAAGGCUUAGACUUGCUGGCGGCAUUUGCUGGCUUCCACAAACACAAAAAUCUCUUUAAACGAUUCUUGGAUGAGGUUGACGAUGCCUUGGGUGAAAACUUGUCACUGAGUCUUUUCGAUAAAAAUCCCCAAUUGGACUUGAUGAGGACAUACUAUGCCCAGCCAGCCAUACUCACAGCCACGGUAUGCAUCCACGAGUACAUUCGCCGAGUUCAUGGCGUAGAUCUCAUUCGUCAGCCAGAAGUGGAAUACAUUCUUGGUCAUUCUUUGGGCGAAUAUUCCGCUUUGGCUGUUUCUGGAAUGCUUGAGCUUGGUACAGCGGUACAGCUAGUUCGCAAGAGAGCACAAUUGAUGGAAGAUUUGGUGCUUAACAGCAAAAAUUAUGAAAUGAAAGCUCUCAUGUUUCGAGCACCAUUUUUUGAAAAAGUGCUAAAACACUGCGACGACAACCAAAUCUUGGCAAACGUUAACACUUGCCAGCAGAUAGUGGUUGCUGGAGAAAAACAAAAAAUACAGGCGGUUUUGGACCAAUUGCCGAAAAGAACAAUUGCAAAAAUUACAGCUUUACCGGUAAAAAUUCCCUUCCAUAAUGAAAAGCUUCGUCCAAUGGAAGCAAAAUUGCUGAAAUGGAUAGAACAUAAAGAGAUCAAACUGCCAAUUAAACCUUUCAUACUAAACUUGACAGGAAAAAUUUCGCUGGAUCCGCAGCAUAUACUAUCGUCUAUUCUACGCACAAACUCUUGCCCAGUUCAGUGGGUCAAGUCAAUGGAGACUCUCAAAGCAGAGGGUAUCAAUACAGUCUAUGCUUUGGGACCCGGAGAGAUACUAAGUGGACUCAAUUCGAAAUUCAUGGAGAGCAUUUCUCUUUCUGAGCCAUAA